AUGACUAUCAAGCAGGACACCGAGGCAUCAGCCAGCACCCUGCUGGCUGACCCUUCUUUGCUGGAGAAGAUUGACAAGUUAUUUGCUUGCAAUGUGGGAGAGCACAUCAAUCUGCCACAAUUAGUCGUUGUUGGGGACCAGUCAAGUGGGAAAAGCUCUGUCCUAGAAGGCCUAACCAAGUUGAAGUUUCCUCGAAACAGUGGAUUGUGUACCCGAUUUGCGACACAGAUUAGAUUCCGAAGAGACCCAACUUUGAAGUCCCGAACAGUCAGCGGCUCUAUUAUCCCAAAACGGUCAGAUGAAGGAAAGGAAAGUCCCAGCUGGACCGUUUCAAAUGUCGAAGCAUUGAACGAGACAGAGUUUGAGACCAUGAUGGCUGAGGUUCAUGGGGCAAUGGGCCUGUCGACCUCGAUAGGAGAUGGUCUACCUACUUUCUCUUCCGACGUCCUUCUACUGGAGAUUCGUGGCCCGCUUGAAAACCAUCUUAGCGUGAUUGAUGUACCAGGGAUUUUCAAAACUACAACGCCUGGUCUAACAUCAAAAUCAGACAUCUCCCUCGUGAGGGAUAUGGUACUUGAUUAUAUGCACAAUCCACGGUCAAUUAUGCUAGUUGUUGUGCCAGCAAAUGUAGAUAUGGCAACGCAGGAGAUAAUCGAGAUUUCCAGAGAACUCGAUCCAGAUCUGUUGAGAACCUUACGCAUCCUCAAAAAACCAGACCUUGUGGAUAGGGGGGCUGAAGACAAGAUUAUUGAACUCGUGGAAGGGAAGCAAGAGUGUCAAGGAUUAGGCUGGGUGGUAGUCAGAAACCUUGGUCAGAAAGACCUUCACGACUCAUCCAAAAGUCGUGACCUUGAAGAGGAGAGUUUCCGAAAUUCACCACCGUGGAACCAACUCUCAACUGAUAACUAUGGCAUUGGAGCCUUGAGAGCGCGAUUGCAAAUACUUCUGACGUCAAAUGUGCGACGGGAGUUUCCAUUAGUUCGAUCUGAGGUUUCGAAGAAACUGAAAGGAUGCAAGAAGAUGCUUGAAAAUCUUGGAGAAGAGCGUGUAACCGCCGAUCAGCAACGGAAAUUUCUGCUUGAGAUUGUCACGAAGUUUCAACGUAUCACUGAGAAUGCUCUUCACACGAAUUAUGCGUCAGAAGAUAAAUUCGACAAGGAGCCUGAUUUGAGAUUGGCAACGCUGGUUGCAAAUCGCAAUGCAAAGUUUUCAGACGACUUCCUUUCACAUGGUCAUCUAUACGGGUUCAAGUCACAUGCACAUGAUGAGGACUCGGAAUUUCAGCCAAUUAUCCCAGCGACGUCUACGUCAAGCUCUGUCGAUGCUGUGGUCAGUGGAGAUUUUGACGGCGAAGAUGACGAUGAUGGAAAAAAUCCAAAGCAUGAUUCAAUUUUCAGCCAGAAGCUUAAGGCUUGUGAUGAUAUCCAGGAUAUCCUCUAUGAUUGUGUUCAAAUUGAGGACUCCAUCCCGCAAGGGAUUCUUUGCUGGAUUGAAGAUCUGUACCAAGAAUCUCGUGGGUUUGAAUUGGGAACAUUUAGUUCUUCGAUACUUCCAACCGUCAUGAAGAGACAAUCCGCUAAAUGGCCAUCCCUGGCUCAAGGCUACAUUUGUGACAUAGUCACAAUGGUUCACAAUUUUACUACAAAAGCCUUGAGCGCGUGUUGUGGGGACCGCAGAUUAUGUCAAAAUAUCUUGGUCUACCUGAUAGAAGACCUCACGAAGAGAUACCGGCAGGCACUUUCCAUGACAGAGACUCUUCUUCGAAUUGAAAGAGAUGGAACUCCAAUGACACAGAAUCAUUACCUGAACAGUAAUUUGCAAAAAUGUCGCCAAGAACGCAUCACUUCGGCAGUGAAGAAAUCGUCAUUUUCCGUGGACCACAGCGAUCUCUCUACCAGUCAAUGUGUGCGAGUGUCCGAUCUUACUCAGAUCCACCACAUGAGCAAUACUCAGCAGACUGUGCAGGAUAUUCAUGAUAUUUUGAAGUCCUAUUACAAAGUCGCGCGGAAAAGGUUCAUUGACAACAUGUGUAUGCAGGCAGCCGAUGACAAUCUGGUUACAGGCCCUGACGCUCCGAUGAAACUAUUUUCCCCAUCGUGGGUCUACAAUCUCCCGCAUGAACAACUGGACGAAAUCGCUGGAGAAGAAGCAUCUGUUCAGCGAAACCGUCGCUCAUUGCAGAAACAAAUGAAGGAACUCGAGGCUGGAAGAAAAAUUUUGAUCUGA